AUGUCGUCCACGGAUAUUAAACAGGCUAAAGAUGCCUUGGUCGCGUCCCUUGUCGAGCUGUCCAAAGUCGCCAAUGAGGCCUCUUUCGCUACGAUUGCGUUUGUCAACACUCUUUCGGCUCACGACUCCGAGAUCACCAAUGGAUUGUCCUCUACGGCUGAGACUUUGAAAAACAUCUCCAAGACGGCUGCUGCAAUUGCUCCUGUUGUCAGUAAGAAGAAGGCUCCUGCUGCCAAGGCUGCCAAACCAGUUGAAGCUGCUGAACCUGUUGCUUCUGCUGUUCCUGCUGACUCUGUUGAUUCUACUGCUGAGGCUGCUCCUGCAGAAGUUUCAGCACCUGCUCCUGCAGAGCCUGUGGCUGAAAAAAAGAAAAAGCGUGAAAGAAAGCCCGUUGACCCAAAUGCCCCUAAGAAACCAAUGACCGUUUUCUUCAUGUUCUCGCAGGAUUACCGCAAGCGCGUUUUGAGCGAGCGCAAGGCCACGGGUGAAGCCCCCCUCAGUAACCCAGAAGUUGCUGUUGAAUGUUCUAAGGCUUAUCACGAUCUCAGUGUGGAAGAGAAGAAGAAGUGGCAGGACAAGUACGAGGCCGCUCGCAAGGAUUGGCUCACCAGAUAUACCGCCUACAUGCUCGAGAAAGGUGAAACUGUUCCUGAUGAUGUUGCAUUGUCUCAAUCCCAGUCACAAUCUCAGACUGAGCCUAUUGAUGCUGAACCAGUUAAGCCGGUGAAGGCUAAAACUCCAAGAGCUCCAAAGACCCCAAAGGCUGCUAAACCUGUUGAACUUGCGAACCCUGCCGAACCUGCGCACCCUACUGAGCCUGUUGCGCCUGCUGAGCCUGCUGAGCCUGUUGCUGCCGUUUCAGAAACUCCUGCCAAAAAACACAAGAAAAAGGACGAAGCUUCAACCGAAGCUUCUCCAUCAAAAUCUCCUAAGAAGAGAUCUGGAGACGAUGAGUCUGGCGAAAAGAAGAAAAAGAAGAAGAAGAGCAAGAAGGCCGCGGCUGAAACAACCGAAUAA